GUUGGAGGGGCUGAGUUGAUGAAGGCAGGAAUUUAGCCAUCCGGCUUCUCGCCCUCUGGCGGCUCCAAACGGCAGGCCGACUUGCUUUCACUACCCGCAUGCUCCUAGAUCCACACCGAGAGUCUCCAGGGGGGUGACUUGUCGGGUGCGGGCUUCCAGAUGGGGGAUGAGGGGCCGGGAAGCCCGGUGCAUCUGCUGUGCCUCGCAGCCUCUAGCGGGGUUCCCCUGUUUUGUCGGAGUAGCAGCGGCGGCGCCCCCUCCCGUCAACAGCUUCCUUUCUCUGUCAUCGGCUCUCUCAAUGGAGUCCACAUGUUCGGCCAGAAUCUGGAUGUGCAACUGAACUCUGCAAGAACGGAAGACACAACCGUAGUGUGGAAGAACUUCCAUGACAGUAUCACUCUCAUUGUUCUGUCAUCUGAGGAGGGCACCUCUGAGCUGAGGCUGGAAAGAAUGCUCCACAUGGUGUUUGGGGCCAUGGUUCUCAUUGUGGGACUUGAGGAGCUGACCAAUAUCCGGAAUGUAGAAAGACUGAAGAAAGAAUUGAGGGCCAGCUACUGUCUCAUCGACAGCUUCCUGGGGAACUCAGAACUCAUCGGAGACCUGACCCAGUGUGUGGACUGUGUCAUUCCUCCAGAGGGGUCUGCCAUGCAGGAAACCCUUUCAGGGUUUGCAGAGGCCACUGGCACAGCCUUUGUCAGCCUGCUUGUAUCAGGCCGAGUGGUGGCAGCGACAGAGGGCUGGUGGCGCCUAGGCAUGCCUGAAGCUGUACUACUCCCCUGGCUGGUGGGGUCCUUGCCACCACAAGCUGCUCGAGACUACCCGGUGUAUCUGCCCCACGGGAGCCCCACGGUCCCACACAGGUUGUUGACCUUGACGCUGCUGCGUGGCCUGGAGCUGUGUCUGCUGUGCGGGCCGCGCCCGCCCCUUGGCCAGCUGGACCCACAGUUAAUGGAACGCUGGUGGCAGCCUCUACUGGAGCCCCUCCGGGCCUGCCUGCCACUGGGCCCUAGGGCGCUACCCGAAGGGUUCCCACUACACAGCGAUAUUCUUGGUCUGUUGUUACUCCACUUGGAACUGCGACGCUGCCUCUUUACUGUGGAGCCCUCCAAGGAUAAAGAGCCUUCCCCUGAGCAGCGCAGGCGCCUCCUUAGAAACUUCUACACGCUGGUGGCCACCACCCACUUCCCGCCAGUAACUUCAGCAUCCAUCGGGUGGUUGGCUUUGAAGAUUUUCUGUGCCUCCUGCAGGGGGCUGGAAGGUUGAAAGCACUGUCAGGCAUCUGAGGCCCCGCCCUCAGCCCUGCCCCGCCCCUCAGCCCCGCCCCUCACAGGCUCAGCUGCUUCCAGCGCUGGAAAAAGUCUUGGGCCGCCAUCUCUGUGGGCUGGAAGAAUUUGUUGAUGGUCACUGGGAGCUUCAGAGUGAGGGACUGGGCGGUGCCACCGUACCUGAGCAGAUGAGGAGCAGCUCAGCUGGGCCCCAUCCCUGAAGACACUGCCUCACUGCCCUACAGCCCACACGGUGCUGCUCGCACUUACCGGAAGCGCACCGACAACAGUGGCGGCGUCAGGAAGUCUCGCAGACACUCAAUGUUGAGUACUUGCUGCACCUGUGCGCCACCGUCCACUUGUGCCGCCACACGCUUGGUCUGCACCGCCAGCUGUGGCUCCAUAGUCAAGGAAGCCAGGGACAGCGGUGGCACAACUGAGGCAUCUUGAGGAGCGCAAGCCCAGCAGCUAGAGGCUCUGGGCCACUGCAACUGGCCUACACCUAACUCCUCCUUCCUCCUGUGAGAUCUGGGACCCCUGGGAAUAUACUUCUCCAGCCUCCACUCCUAGCUUCAAUGGACCCUAGUGGGCACGCUGGGACUUUUAGCCUCCAGUGCAAACUAGGUACAUAAAAGUGUCCUGAGGAAUAGAUGAAAGCACCCAGCACCACAACAUGCCUGUGUUAGUAGUGGUCAUGCACCCAGAUGGAAGCAAUGACUGUCACCAUCUGUACACAGGUCUGAUUUCAUGGAAAUGGCUGGUAUCUACACUCACCUACUCUGCCCUACUUCUGACAGAGCUUUCUACCCUGGGCUCUGGAAAGGCUGGUGAACGAAGCAGAAGGGGAAAGGCCAGUUAGUCUCACACAUUCAGAAUGAGGCCAAUAUAAGGGAGAGGGGGCCUGGCUCUGCCAUACACAUUCCAGGACAUCCCAACUGCUCUUCCAAAAAAGCCACGGAAGCCAGGCUCACUGGUGCACACCUACACUCACAGCGUGGGAGGCAGAGACAGAAGACUCACCUCGACUCAAAGCCAGCCCAUUCCGGAGCAAGUGGAGGUCAGCCUGGGUGAUAUUAAAGUUUCACAAACAACACAAGAUCCUCAUAAGCAGAAAGAGAGAAGCUACCCCCCGGAGGGUUAGGAGGCAAGUCACUCAGCUGAUGUAGUGCAGGCCAACACUGCAGGCAUCCCUGGUUAACCUGAGUGCAGCAAAAGUAAGGUGCCUGGCAGGGUACCUGGUGUGCUGGAAGUCACAUACUGCAUACUGGGUUACUGUCACCUGUGCCAGAGUAAAGAGGUCUACCAGCUA